GUUAAGCGGUGCGCAGAUGCCCAAAUAAACAUUUACAUUUUAACAAUUAUUUCAAAUUUGAUCUCAUCCGAUUUCCCCUCUCUCUCCCUCUCUCUCUCUUUGCAGCCUUUCCUCUUCCUCUUCGUUCGAUCUCGCCGAUUAUCGAGCAUGGAGAAGCUCUCGCUGAUCGACGUCACGCAGGAGGACGAUUUCCUGGCUCCCUCACCUUGCGGCGCCUUGAUCGAUCCAAUCUCGCCAGGCUUUUCUCAAAACAAUUCAGGGAACAAUUAUCUUGAAUCAGUAAUUAAAAAUUCUGAUAAAGAUGUUUGCCAAGAAAAAUUCAUCAAACAAGUAGACGAAGUGCUCAAACUUUCAGAGUCUCCUGAGCAAAAUCAAACAAAACCUGGCAAAUAUAAUUUGCGCAAAAGUUUAGCUUGGGAUAGUGCUUUUUUUACCAGUGAAGGAGUUCUGAAUCACGAAGAGCUGGCCAUUGUGAAUAGCACAUUCAAGAAAACUGAAUCUCGUUCACUACCUAUGAUUUUGGAAGAUGUAAGAAAGUCAUCAGAGUCAACUUCAACUUUAGAUAAUGAUUGCUGGACUUUAGAAAACCUUGAGGUAGAUUUAUUCGACAAUGUAAGAGCCUCCAUCCAAAAAUCUUUUGGUAGCGACGACAAAGCUUCCAGAUCGAUAAAACCGAGCAAGAAAAUAAAUCCAGCAUUGGCGAAAGUUGAAUCCAUAUCUAAUAGCAAGAAGAAGUCUCCAGGCCUCACUGAACAUGAUUACGAGAAUAAAUCUAAAGAGGCAACUGUUGUUUUGGCAUCCAGUGGUAAAUCUAAUUCAAAGAUGUUAUUGAAGCCUCCAAGAGUUCUGCCUAAAGCAACUCCACCAACUAAGACAACUUGUGUUCCAGGAAAUAGUCAGAAAAGAAACGGUACCACAAGAGAUAUUGCAGGGAACACAAUUAAUCAGGAAUCUUUGACGUCAUUGAAAAAAAUAAAUGCAGGACCUUCCAAUGUUAACUUAAGAUCCUCCCAAUCUCUAAAACCUUCAUUGAAUUUGGUCAAUAAUUCAGGAGAUAAAGCAAAGAAAUCUUCCCAAGAUUUAACAAGGAUGAAAAGUUCUAGAACCAUCAAUCGUUCCGCUGGACCUAUCUCUAGUAAAACAUCUAUAAGGCCAAGUGGAGCUAAAAUUGUUUGCAGGGAAAAAAAGAGUGCUGCGAUUUCUUCGAAGUCCAAAGUCAAUCUAUCUUUAACUGCUUCUCCAAGUUCCUCAUUUGACAGUGUUGCUUCUGGAUCUUCUACUUCAACUAUUUUCGGCUUUAAAUCAGUUGCCAAUUCUAUUGAAGGCAGUUCACCCCCUUCUUUAGAAGGUGCUGAAAAUGAUGAAGUUUAUUUGUCUGGUCUCAAGUCAGGUGCCAUUUCUGAAGAUCUUGGACGUUCUCAAGAAAGAUGCAAACAGUCUGAGCUAUCAAAAGUGAAUCAUCAAGAGAGCUGCACUAACACAAACAUUGGUGCCAAAUGCUUCAAGCCAUCAGGUCUGAAAGUGCCAACUCCAAAAAUUGGUUAUUUUGAUGCGAAUAAAUCCAUAACCUUCAAUGCUAAAACAUCUCAGACUCGCCAACAACCCAGUACUUUCAAAUCCACUACUGGAGUACGUAAGGUUGAAGUAGCGAACAAAUUAAAACCAGGCAAGAUUCAGCUAAUAAAUAAGGCUAUCCCUCAGGAUUGUUCCAAAUUUCAAACCUCUGCUCCAUUUCAAAAUCCAUCAAGAGAAACUUCAUCUCCUGAACAGCUACCUAUGCAUCUGGGAUCCAACAACUCAAUUGUCACAUCAAAAGCACACUUGGAAAUGAGCUCCAUUGACAAGGAUUUUUGUUCCCCAAAAGGUCAUACGCCAUGCAAGGGCGGCCUUGAAGUAGUCCAAGACAAUAAUCUGGAUUCUGCACUGCCAAAACCAACAAGAAAAGACCUAGAUUCUGAUCAGCAUCCAGACCACCUCAAAGAACUCUCAGUUUCUAUUGAUCGAAGUUCCAGUCUUGGUACAAAGAACGCAGAUGUGCCAUCUUAUCUAGAUGCACAGGAAGCAGAUACUCAGAAGAGUCAUCACAGUGAUUUACCUACUAUCACAGGAAAAGAAAAUGUUUUCCCUGCACAAUGAACCAAUCAGUCUGAGCUAAAACUAGAAUUACAGAUCAUGCUAAUUGGAGCACAAGUAUUCUUUAUCUCAUUUUAGGGAGAAAUUGUGCUGGCAUUGCGAACUUCAAUUAGCCUCCGAGUCAUCUCUAACAUUGUCCAUUGAGUGUCUAUCCAAACUCUAGUUUCAUCAUGCACUGGAAUGAUAAGGUGUGUUUGCAGUUCAUCUAUCUGCAUUUCUGCAAAUAUUCUUGACGAAAAUUUAGUGGAAUAUGCUCUUUAGAUGAAUAAAUUGAUAUUUUGUACCUCUAUUUCACAUACAAAA